AUGGGACCCAAGUGCUUGUCAUCUUUGAUAGCAUCCUUCUUUGCCACAUGCAGGGAUGCAGACCCCAUUCCUUCAACCACCUCGUUAGAGCACCUAGAUGUGGCAAUUUUUUCCCCUUCAGGAAUUGUGGUGCUUGGAUUAAACAGAUCUCAUGCCAAGAAUGCACUUAACAAAAAUCUUUUAAAAAUGAUGACAAAAGCUGUGGAUGCUUUGAAAUCUGAUAAGAAAGUACGAACUGUUAUAUUCCGGAGUGAAGUCCCAGGGAUAUUCUGUGCUGGUGCUGACCUUAAAGAAAGAGCAAAAAUGCACUCAAGUGAAGUUAGUUCUUUUGUCUCAAAAGCAAGAGCGGCUAUUAAUGAAAUGGCUAAUCUCCCAGUACCUACUAUUGCUGCAAUAGAUGGGGCUGCCUUAGGUGGUGGUCUAGAACUUGCUUUAGCCUGUGACAUACGAGUGGCAGCCUCUUCUGCUAAAAUGGGCCUGGUUGAAACAAAGUUGGCAAUCAUUCCAGGUGCAGGGGGCACGCAGCGAUUGCCUCGCACAAUUGGUGUAUCUUUGGCAAAGGAGCUAAUCUUCUCUGCGCGCAUUGUAGACGGCGAGGAAGCAAAAUCCAUAGGGCUGGUCAGCCAUGUGGUAGAACAGAACGAUGCCGGGGAUGCUGCCUACAGGAGAGCCUUAGUUCUAGCGAGAGAAUUUUUACCUCAGGGACCUCUAGCCAUGAGAGCUGCAAAACUGGCUAUCAAUCAGGGAAUGGAGGUGGACUUAGUAACCGGUUUAGCAAUUGAAGAAGCUUGUUACGCUCAGACUAUUCCAACAAAAGAUAGAAUUGAAGGUCUUCUUGCAUUUAAGGAGAAAAGACCUCCUCGCUACAAGGGAGAAUAGAAGAAGCAAAUGCCUUUAAAAUGCAUGGGGAUAAACGUCCUCCUAGGAGGACUGCUAAGGUGCACUUUGCAUCAGUACCUGGAAUAUCA